AAGUGUUUCAUAAAGCAUUGUUUUUUCCGACAGCCCGUGAACCCACCACUAGCCAUCAUGGUAGCAUCACACAGCAGCAGAUGAAUGGGUUCAUGUUGGGCCUCCUGUAAAGCUUUACUCUCCGGAUUAUUUAGAUUAUUUGACUGUUAUCAGCCUCAAAUCAGCCCCUUUGUCCCAGAUCUGCUGUGGCUUCACAUCUAAGGUCGUUUAGUAUCAUCUAACUCGACCAUAACGUUAUGCUAACAGAGAUUAGCUAGCUAGCUGCUAACUAGCUAGCAGCUUUGGUUGAUGUUGUGCUAGUUGACCUAAAUGGGAGGUGAAUUAAGUAAUUAUUGUUUCUAUUCGAGUAAAUCAUCUCAUAAUGGAUCUUAAUUUCUACUCUGACCUGUCGGAUGGCUGUGCUCAAAAUGUGGAUUCUGAGUUUUUGGACACACAAGCCUAUGGUGGAUACUCUGAGGAGAAUAAGUUUCCAGAAGGUGGCGACAGUUAUCUCACCAUCAGUGGAGGAGGACACCCUUUUCUGUCUGCUGAGCAGACAUUCCAUACUCCCAGUCUCGGGGAUGAGGUUUUUGAGAUCCCCCCCAUCUCCCUUGACCCAGACCCGUCUCUGAGCAUCAGUGAUGCGGUGUCCCACCACUUUGAGUUGUCAGAUGGGUCAGACGGAACCGGGGGUGCUUCAGGCUCCCGCAGCCUCGUUAGCAACCUGGUGGUGGAGGCGAAUGACCCUUCCUUUGCUUCCACCUUUGUGAACUCUGGGUCUCAAGGCCUGGAGCAGCUGAACCUCGGGGCGAUGGGCCAGGCUGGAGGGGGAGCCCUGCUCAGCUCUUCUGCUCUGGAGCUGGGGAAUUCCAGUGGUUCACAUUUCAGCAGUUCGUCCCCCAUGACCAUUGAUGUCCAACUUGGUGACAUCAGUCAUGGUCUUUUAGGAAGCAGCCAGUUGAGCACUAUUAACCCGUCUGAGCUGGCACUGGGUCUUGGGGGUGAUAACAUUGGGCAUCAUUCAGAGACGCUGGAGCAGCCACUCUCAGCAACACCAUCACCGGCUGGCUCCCUGCAGGAUGAGGACAUGGAUGACUUCAAGAGGAGUGUGCUGGUAGACUCCCCCAUGUAUCUCUCCUCUUCCUCGUCCCUCUCCCACAUGUCCUCCCACCCAGCUCCUACAUCUUCUGUGUCUCCAGCUACGGCCAGGAGGGGCGGGGGGAAGCCCGCCGUAAUGGCCUCAGUGGCUGGGGCGCUGGGCGUUAAAAAAGGAAGGAAGAAGAAAGACCCAAAUGAACCACAGAAGCCCGUUUCAGCGUACGCUCUGUUCUUCAGAGACACCCAGGCAGCCAUUAAGGGCCAGAACCCCAACGCCUCUUUUGGGGAGGUGUCAAAGAUUGUGGCCUCCAUGUGGGACAGCCUGGGUGAGGAGCAGAAACAGGUGUAUAAGAAAAAGACAGAAGCAGCCAAAAAGGAGUAUUUGAAAGCACUGGCAGCUUAUAGAGCCAACCAGCUCACGCAGCCUGCCAUUGAGGAGAUGGAGACCGCCCCUUCACCCCCUCCAUCAGUGGUCAUUCCGACACCUGCGGCCCUUCCCUUUGCUGGUCACCAGGCCAUCCGUCCGGCUACCAACAACCUGGAAGAGAACACCAUCACCAACAUUUGCGCCUCCAACAUCAUCCUGGACGUCCCGGAGAUGACCACACGCUCCCGCAUGGUGGCAAACAAGGCCCCCGCUCCAGCAGCUGCGUUACCCCCGCCCCAGACCAUCACCAAGAUCAUAAUCCCAAAGCACAUGUUGCAGGCGGGGGGCCAGGUGGUGACUCUGUUGCCCGGAGGGGUCCGCUCUUUGCAGCCCACGCUGUUAGUGUCGGGUGCCUCUCGUCAGCCACCUCCUCUGCAGCAGAUGCAGAACGCACCGCUUCCGCCGCGGCUCCAGCAAAUGGCGCCGGCACCUCCACCGUUACAGGCCAAGCCCCGCGAGGGAAGCACCACGGCGGGUAUCUCCGUGUCCGUCACGGCAACAUCUCCGCCUCCACUCCAGAUCAAAAUAGUUCCCGCGUCCUUGCAGGGCAAAGAGGCUCUGCCCAUUAUCAUCCCUAACACAGUGGCUGUGUCAUCUACUGCGACUACAUCUGUCCAGUCUGCACCCGUCGUGUCGGUACAGGUGGUGAAUUCUGCAGACACGUCGGGCAAUACAGACGACGAGGAAGUUACAGAAGUGCUGCAUUCAGAAGAGGAAGAGAUGGAGGUGAAUGGGUCCGGUGAUGGCCCGACUAGUGUGUGCGUGAGGACGGGCUGCAACAACCCGGCUGUAGAGAGCGACGACUGGGACAGAGAAUACUGCAGCAACGAAUGCGUGGCCACUCACUGCAGAGCUAUAUUCAAGGCGUGGUGCUCGAUCAGGAAUCAGAGCAUGGGACUAGUGAAAUAAAGAGCAGCUGCUGCCAUCACAUAAACAGGAUACUUGUUUGACACUAGGAGCCCGUGUUAAUAGUUGAAGGACGGAUGCAGAACUGGUCAAAAAUGCAUUUCAGUGCAGUUCUCUUCACUGUUUCAUACAUGUACUGUAGGCUUGACAGUUGCUGUUCACGACUAUAAACAAGUAGUAUUGCUAAAUAGCACUAACUUAGGUCAGCGAUUCCAUGUUACUAUUUUUGGCGCAUUCAUAAUGAAAGUUGAGGAUAAUAAUUUAGUGGUACGUAUACAGAUUUUAGUCGGGCAGAUCCGGACUUCAAGGCAGCUAGAGAAAAGAUCAGCACAAUGAAGUGUCAAAGUUGGUCAAGACAAUGGUAUUCUCUUUUUCACUGCAGCCCACACCGGUCAGUUCAUACUUGUUUACUGUAAAUUAUUGGAGUCUGUUUCUCAAAACGCUCUUCACAAAGACCAUUUUUUUAUACAGCAGUUUGUGACAUGAUUGUACAUUACUCACUGAUUUGAAAUUCAUGCUCUGAAAUGUGUUGGUGUCUCAAAGCAAGCCAAACAACAUUUUCCAAUUUUCUUUACCACAAACUAUGGCUGAAAUGUGCAUUAGUUUGCGUGGAAGAACAGUUUGUACCACUGUAUACUUUGUUUUUGUACUGAGAAUAGUGGCCUUCUAGGUUAAAUAUUGCCUUCAUUUUUUUUUUUGUAAAACAUUCUGUUCAAAUCAUUGUUGUUAAAAAAAAAAAAAAAAGGCUAAACAUUCAUGUUUUCUUAAUAAAUGAACAGAUUUGCUCAA